AUGGAGUCAGGAAAGGUCUUUGGAUCCGAUGAGGAUUCUCGCAGCUGUGAAUCUGGAUGGACAAUGUAUUUAGCCUCACCCUCUCACUAUCAUGACGACGACUGUUACUAUGAUGAUGAUAAUGAAGAUGAAGAAGAUAGCGAUGGUGGUGAUUCAAUGGAUUCCGAUGCAUCUUCUGGUCCAAUGGAAGCCACAUCAUGUCUCAAGCUUCCUCGAGAGAUUGAGGAGCAAAACUCCUUAAAGAAGAAGAAGAUGAAGACUAAUGAAGAGAUGGUUUUGGUGGAGACUAGGGUUCACAGCAACAAUGAUGGUGAUGAUGAUGAUGAUGAUGAUGGUGAUGGUGAUAAUCAUGAUUAUGAUCAUGAUGAUUGUAAUGAUAGCUACAGUGCAGUUCAUAGUUACGUUGGUUCGGUUAGACAUGAAGGGUUAGUUUGA